AUGCCUCCUCCUACAGGGAAGAUCACACUCGGGCGUUACAUGUGGGAGCGCCUCCACCAAGUUGGCAUCAACACAAUCUUUGGCGUGCCAGGGGAUUUCAACCUACAGUUCCUCGAUUACAUCUUCCAUGUCGACGGUCUAAACUGGGCAGGCAACCAAAAUGAACUCAACGCAGCGUACGCUGCCGACGGAUAUGCCAGGGUCAAGGGCGUACCUGGAUGUCUGGUGACUACGCACGGUGUCGGAGAACUAUCUGCUCUCAAUGGGAUUGCUGGAGCGAUGAGCGAGCAGGUCAAGAUCAUCCAUGUUGUGGGGCAGACGACGCGCGGUAUGCAGAAGCAUCAUAUGAUGAUCCAUCAUUCCAUUGGGGAUAAGCCGGAUCAUCAGCAGUACAACAGGGCGUCUGUGGGACUGCGAUAUGCGGCUGCUGAGCUGUGGGAUGUGAAGACUGCGCCGAAGGAGAUUGACCGCGUGAUUCGGGAGUGCUUCAUCAAGAGCGGACCGGUGUAUAUCUUCUUGCCACUGGAUCUGAGCGCUGAAGAGGUGGAUGCUAGUCUUUUGGACACGCCGAUUGAUGUCCAUCCGCAUGUUGACGAGAAGGCGCAGGAAGAAGCUGUCAGGGCGAUAACGUCCGCCAUUUCGGAAGCUCAACAACCUACUAUCCUCGUGGAUGCUUUGGUGCAACGCUUUGGAGCGGAACAAGAGACUCGGCAGGUUGUCAAGAAGCUCAACGUGCCGUUCUUCUCCGCGAACAUGGGCAAGGGCAUUGUCGACGAGACGGAGGAGACGUAUGUUGGUGUGUGGAAUGGCGAAGUCAGCUCUCCGGGUGUCAAGGAGGUUGCAAAGGCUGCAGAUCUAGUCAUCACGUUGGGCUACAUACCCGCUGACACAAAUUCCGCUGCUUUCUCGAGGAAGCUGGAGGUAGAGAGAACGAUUCACGUGAACCCAUUCGAUGUCGUAGUCAAAGGGAAGACGUAUCCCAACAUCUCCAUCAAACCCCUCCUAGCGGCACUAUUCGAAGCCCUCCCGUCCACCCCAAAGCAUCAGAUCUCGAAACCCCAGCUCCCGCCUCUACGCACACCCCUCGAUCAAGACGCAACACACCUAACGCAAUCCUUUCUCUGGCCACAGAUUGAAGCGUUUAUCCGCCCAGCCGACAUCAUCGUCAGCGAAACAGGGACAUCGAACUUUGGCCUCUGCGACAUUACGUUCCCAAUGAAUAUCCGCUUCAUCACGCAGAUAUACUACGGCAGCAUCGGGUUCGCUACAGCUGCAACGCUCGGCGUGGAAGUCGCACGACGCGAACAAGAGCAGGAGAUGAAACAGCCGGGGAGAACAAUACUAUUCACAGGCGAUGGGUCCAUGGCGCUUACGAUCCAGGAGAUUGGCACCAUGAUCAAAGCAGGCAUCAAGCCGAUUCUGUUCGUCAUUAACAACGAGGGGUAUACCAUUGAGCGGUUGAUCUGGGGAGCGAAACAACCGUACAACGAUAUCGUGCCGACAAACUACAAGCACCUCCUCCCACUUUACCACCACCCUUCGCCGGAGACUUCUUUCCAUCGCGCAACGACAAAGGAAGAGCUUACUGCUGUUCUCGCCAAGCCUGAGUUGCAGAAUCCGACUCAUCUCCAGCUGGUCGAGCUGGUGAUGGAUAAACUUGAUACGUCGUGGAAGCUGGGGACGCUGUUGGCGUGGAGGAGUGAGGAGCACAAGGAGUAUCUGACGAGAGAAGGAUUUGUGGAUACGUAUGGAGGGUGGGGAUUAGAUGGGAAGGCGGGAGGGGACGUGAAGUGGAGUUAG